AUGAACAUUUCGAAUAUAGUAAAUCGCUUGAGUGAUUUAGUCCGUGAGAAUUUGGGUUUGACUUCGUCAUCUCCAACAUCUCAAAAAGAGUGUGAAUUCGCAGAAAACUUAUAUGAAAACAUCAAAUCGGUCAAAAGUGCUACGACAUAUCGUUAUUUAGAAGAAACUACGCUGGACGUUGAUGAUGACCCUUUUGAUUACUCUAGUAGCAGUGAUGAAGAGGAAGGUCAUCAUGAUAACAACUCUGAAUCGGAGGAAGAGGUCGAUGGAGAGGAAAGCAAAAGCGAGAAAGAUAAACGUCACUUGGCUAACUAUUCACUAGAUUUUAUGCAAGAGGUAGUCGACUACGCUGACGAAAAAGACAAAAAUGGGAAACGACGUCGAUCAUGGAAGACUGUCCAUCACAGGUACAAAUUAGUUCCAAAUCAAUCGUAUGUAAGUCGAUUUCGUACAUAUCUGCAACAACACGGAACGAAACGACAAAAGAUCAACGAUAUUGAUGAAAUUCUAUUUAAAAAGUUUUUGCAAGCUCGGAAACAAGCUUUGCCUCUGCACGACGUUGAUCUACAGCGAUGGGCGCUAAAAGCAGCUAAAGAAGUGCAUUUGGAAGCUUUUCAUGCUUCACACGGACAGUUGGCCCGAUCAGGACGACGAAGAUUUGUAUACGAAAGAAGGGUGUGGUGGUAA